AUGCCGGCUGCGUUCCUGGACGUCUCCGGCGCGGCUGGCGGCGACGCGCUGCCGCGGCACGUCGCGGUCCGCGGGCCCGGCGGCGCCCGCGGCGGCGCGGGGCCGCUGCGCGGGCACUCGGGUGCCGCCGCGCUCCCGCAGGCGUUCGGCAGGGCCCGCCACGGCAAGGAGUCUGGGUGGCUCGCGUGCGAGAGCCCCAGCGACACGAAGGAUGCCCGCGUCCCUCGCCGCCACGGUCGAGACCUGCUGCAGGAGGAGGAGGGGGAGGCCCCGCAGACUCCGCGCGGGGGCCCGGCCGAGCCGGCGUGCGCGGGGCGGGCCAUCUUGAUCUGCAUAGUUGCCAUGAAUUUUUGCUCCGGUAUAUUACUGGUGAACUCUGUCAAGUACAUCUACGCGAUAUUCGGAUUCAAUUUCCCGCUCUUCGUGGCCUCCUCGCACAUGGUGUUCUCAUGGGCCCUGACUUCCUUCAUUGUCGGUGCCAGAUCCGAGAAGGCUCAGUUAAUGUCGCAGGCGCAGAGGUUGCACAAAGUCUUCCCCAUCGCCGUCCUGAACGCAAGUUCCAUCGCGUGCGCCAACUCCGCACUCCUGUUUAUCUAUUCCCAGGGCGACAGCAAAAACCUGGAGGCACCCUUCACGAACGAGCCGGAGGUGAUCUGUGACCACUUCGGCCCCUUGGGGUGCAACUUCUAUCGCACGAAGCGCCGCAUACCUCUCAGCGCGGGGCACCGUCUGGCGCCCAGGCGGGCGUCGCUCGACAUCCUGCUGCACAUUUCCCCGAGGGCGGUCAGCAUCCUGAACCCAAGAGUAAACGAGCGCAUCCUCUCCUGA